AUGGUGUACAAGAUUGUAUCCAAGUUACUUGUGAAUCGUCUGAAGAAGGUGAUGCCGGUUCUUAUUUCUGAUUUUCAAGGGGAUUUUAUUCAUGGUAAACAAAUCCUUGAUGGUGUUCUAAUUGCCAACGAGUGUGUGGAUAGCAGAUUGAAGGCUAGGAAACCGGGAAUUCUUUGCAAGAUUGACAUGAAGAAAGCUUUUGAUAAUGUCAAUUGGCAAGCUUUAUUCACAAUUUUACAGAAUCACGACUUCGGCGUCAAAUGGAUUUCUUGGAUCAAAUGGUGUGUAACUUCUGCUCAUCUUUCUCUUCUUGUGAAUGGCAGUUCGACUGAAAAAUUUAAACCAAGUAAGGGUCUGAGACAUGGCGAUUCAUUAUCACCGUAUUUGUUUCUUUUGGUGGUCGAGAUUCUUUCCAAGUUGAUUAAUGAUGCGGUUGAUAGAGGUCAUAUUUCUGGUUUCAAAGUGGUUGAUCAUGGUACUAUUAUCUCUCAUCUUCAAUUUGCAGAUGAUACUUUGAUUUUCAUUGAUGCUUCGGUGGAGGAAGUCAGACAUCUUUUAAUAAUUCUGGCAGUGUUUGAAACUAUUACGGGUUUGAAGCUGAAUUUAGAUAAGAGUACUAUGAUCAGUGUGGGAGCAGAUGAGGUGAUCGAUGUUUUACCCAGAGAGCUAGGUUACAAGACAGAAAAUUUUUGGUUUACUUAUCUUGGGAUGCCAAUUGGUGCACAUUGGCGUAGUACAUCAGUUUGGGAACAUGUUCUGAUCAGAAUGGAGCAAAAGCUAGCGUCUUGGAAGAAAAGGCAAUUUAAUAAAGCAGGUGAAUGGGGUCUAGGUGUGAAAAAUUUGAGGAGAAUUAAUCAAUCUUUGCUAGUUAAGUGGAUUUGGAGAUUCUCGAAGUCCAAAACUAGUCUAUGGAGAAAGUUGGUAAAUGAAAAAUUUGCUCAUAAUAGUGAUUUGUUAAUUCCUGAUGUGGAUGAUAAGACCCAGGGUAGGAGUUUGUGGAAGAACGUUACUAACAUGGUGACGACGGUUCAAAAUACGGCGACUUUCAUGGUUAGAAAUGGUAAAGGCAUCCGCUUUUGGAAGGAUCGUUGGCUAGAUAGGGAAAAAUUGCAAGACCUUUUUCCUGUUGUUUACAAGGCAGCGAAGGCUAAGGAUGCAACUAUUUAUGACAUGAUAUCAAAUGGAGUUUGGGUUUGUGAUUUUAAGAGACCCCUAAAUUCUAAUGAGCAAUUAGAAUGGGAUCUUUUGAGGCGCGACUUAAAUCGUGUUCCUGAGCUUGUUGAAGCGGAUGAUGAGAUGGUGAUUAUGGAGAACUUUAAUACCUCAAGAUGUUAG